AUGCUACAGCAGUUGCACCGGCAUCGAUGCCUGCCGCAUUUGCUGCUUCUACUGCUGCAGCUGGCAGCGCAAGGGCACCAAGCUGCCAGCGCUUCCUCGGAGCGCUCCGCAGAGGCGGAGCUACAAAUGCCUUCUCAGUCAGACUUCCACUGGUCUUUUGCUGCGAAAGGUCCUGAGAUCUCAGCAGCAGGCUUCCCUCAGCCGCAACAGUUUUCUUUCUCGGAUUAUGCUACAGGCGCAGCCGCCUCUGCGGCAGCUGGAGUGGCGGCUGCGGAAGCAGCAGGAGCAGGCCUUUCAAUAGACCACACAACAGCAUCUGAUCGGGAUCUUCUGAGUCGUCCGCCCAGCCGGAAUGUAUCUCUCCCCCGAAACCGUUACCGGGAGCUGCUGGGAGACAUAGGAGACAUAUCCGUGGAGGCCUCAAGCCCCACCCUGGACCAGCGGAAGGGCAGGAUUAUCAGCUCAAGGUUAUGGAAUUGGGGGAUUAAGGAUCUGUAUGUCUUUUUGCUUCUGGGGAUCGCCGUGUAUGGGGUGCUGGCGCUGCGGGAUAAGCUGGAGGCCGCAGCCGUGGUCAAACAGCUAGCCACUGUGGAAACCGCAGCAAUUGAGGCUGAGCAGCUAGCUGCAGCUGUGGGCACGCAGGCUUCUCUAGCUAUCAAGGAUAAUAUUCACAAUACAGUGUUUGAUGCUGUGGAGGCGAGCGAGGAGCUGCUGGUGCAGCAGCAGCGACGAAUGGUUGUGUUGCGGGCUACGGAGAAAGAGCAGCAGCUUCUGCAGCAGAUCAAGGCGCUCAUGAAAGACUCUGUAGAUCAGAUGCGGGAAAUGCUUCAGCUUUCAAAAGAAACCAUGAGGGAGGCCGCUGCAACCUUCCCCACGGCCACGCCGCCGGUGACCUGGAUCAACACUGUGGGGAACCACCUAAAGCUGCUGAUGGGGGCAGAUUACACAGGGGCAGUUUCUACGCUGCUGCACUUGCUCGAAGAUGAGAACAAUUACUUAAGAGCCCGCAUCCAUGCCGUGAGGGACAUUUUCUUGGCCGAGCCGGUCUUCGGGAGCGAGGUGGAGGGGUGCCAGCUGUCCACAGCCCUGCACCACCUGCAGUAUGGCUGGGCGCUCAAGAAAGGAGCCAACCUGGGUAUUGCUGCAGCUGCGGAUUUGCGAGAUAGCACUUUUGAGGCGCUGAAGCGCGCCGUCACCAACAGCCUCGAGGCGCAGAGGCAAGGCUUCGCUUUCGGGGUGGAAAGGGUGCGCGCGGUGCUGCGGAUGUACGGGGCCCCCGGCGAUGGCUUUUCUCGCAUGCCGGCCAAAGAAAGUGUGGAGCGGAUGAAGGAGCUGCUUGCAGCAGCCGACGAAGUGCACGGCAAGCUCGUGGAGGCCUCAGCGGACGUCCAGACAGAGGACACGGUGGAAGCUCUGACUGCAGCAAGGCUCUACGCAGAAAGGCUCCAGACGGAGUGCUCAGAGAUCCUACAUGAGUGCAACGAGCUCAUUAAAACCUGGCCGAGCCCUGGAGAGCUGGUGCUGGCGCAAGACCUGAUGCAGGCGGUGGCCAAGGGGCCUGUGUGCUUUGCUGAAAGACAGAUAGUGGCUGUGAGGGAAAUAGUGGCGGAGGUGGAGGGCCGCAUCAAAGAGGGAACUCACACAGAGCAGCGGCGACUGCGAGGCCAGCCCUACAUUUGCACCAGCGUGACGGAAACACUACUGGGCGCGCUGUCAGCUGCGGCCGAAGAGGCCUCCGCUGGGCUGGAGGGGUGCGUAUCGUUGCUUAGAGAAAUACAGCGAGCGGAAUCCGUGAAGACCGCCAUAGAGCUGUCUUGUAAGGCGCUAAACUACUUUGUUCCUGUGGUGGAGGCUCGUCGCAAGGCCGAGGACCUGCGGCUCCAGUUCCUGCUGCUACAUGCGCUGGAGGUGGAGAUUGCGCAAAGCCUAACUGUCGUAUCUGCCUACGAGAAGAUCCCUCAGGAAGCCUCGCCUGAAGCCCGCGCCCAACUAGAGAAGCUCAAAAAUGAGAUGAACACUGAGGAAGCCUUUGUCGAGGUGGCUCCUACCCUUCUCAAUGUAGCCAGAGCUACAGCACGCAUGAGGUUUUUGGCUCUGAAGAUUCAAGCGCACUCGCAUGCUGCGGCCUGUGGCAUAUCCGGAGACGUCGACAUCCAUAUAAGGCGCCGAGAUGCCAAGACAGAACAUACCGAGCGACAAUCGUACUUCAGAACGUGA